GACUUUUUUUCACCAGUAAGAGAAAAUUUAUUUGGUUUUUUUUAUGUCGUUGAGUUCAAAUUAUAAAAUUGUAAUCGAUUAUAUAUCAUAUUAAAAACAUCAAACCUCAUUAACAACAUUCAACAUCACUAUCAUUUUUUUUUAAUAAAAAAAUUGUGAUGGCAGACGCAAAGCAAGGCAAAUCACCCAUGGAGGAUUAUUGCAAUGGAUCAUCACAAUCCAGGGUGGUAUUGGCCAAGCCUAGGCUAGGUGGUUUUGGAUCUUCUAAUUUUGCAUCUAGCUCCAACAAAAGUUGUAAUCCAUUUGGAUCUGUUUUGCGUCCGCCACAGUUAAAAGCUACAACAAAUCCAUUUCUUAAAGUAACUGAAAAUCUAGAAUCUGACUCUGAAAAAGACAAAAAUAAAGAGAAAACAGAAUCUGAAAUUGAUGAGAAACAUAAUGAGGACAGACUAAAAGAAAACAAAGAUGAACCUGAGGCUCCAAAGUUUAUUCCACUUGGCUCUGCUAAUGUGACACCUAGGACCAAUAAUCCAGUGGCAGCUCCAGUUCAACCAGCCUCUGGUUCAUCUGGUUUUGUAUUUGGACAGAAUUUAAGUGAGAGGGUUGUAUUGAAUGAGAACCUCAACAAUGGAGAAGCUUCUGCAGUGGAUCAUAGUUCAACAAAUGGAGCAACCGAAUUGCUAUUUACAAGUGCUGUGGCAUCAGUGAAAGAAAACAACCAGCAGCCUGAAGAGCCAGGUCCUAGUGAAGCUAGUAGCAGCACUGAAAGUUCGAGCCUGGCUGCAGCCGCUGCUGAAUAUGAGCGCUCGCAUGCACGACCGCCUCCUCCAACUACUAAUUAUACUACGACGGGUGAAGAGGGCGAGAUCAAUGUAUUGCAGAUCUCGUGUCGUCUUUUCGCGUGGGAGUCUGGUAGUUGGAGGGAGCGCGGGCGCGGUGUGUUGCGGCUGAAUGACGCGGCGGCGGCGGCGGGCGGGGGCGCGCGGCUGGUGGCCCGCGUGGCGGGCUCCCUGCGGGUGGUGCUCAACACCAAGCUCUGGCCCGCGAUGGUGGUCGAGCGGGCCGGGACCAAGUCCCUGCGCAUCACCGCCGCCGACGCCCACCAACAGGUCAAACUGUUCUUGAUCAUGGGCGCGCCGGCGGACAUUCAUCAGUUGUACAGGGCUCUAACGACAAGAAUAAGCGUGAACAAACGCUCAAGUGAAUGUGCUCAGAAUGUGACGUCUCAGCAAGCUGCCGAACGAUUGGAAGCGACCGCGGACGUCAGCGAGUACAUGGACAAGGCGGACAAUGAAACUUACGGGCGUGCUCCCUCUGAGAAUACAGUAGAAAGCAUCGUAGACGACUCCCCAUCACCUACUGAAAGAUUAGAAGGCACACCUGUAAAGGACACUGACGUAACCGAACCUGAUGACGUCGAGAGGAAAGAGGACUCGAAAUCUCUGAAGAGGAAAGAAUCUGCCGAAGAUGAAACCUCCUCCAAGAGACAGCGCUCUGAAGUUUUAACAGAGUGAUAGACUUAUAAUGGUGACGCAGUGUGUAUGAUCCGUGGUGUAUUCCUAAACGUGGACAUAGUUCAUUGGAACUUCGCAUUCUGAAAAUAUGUAUCUAAGGAGACCUGUAGAGUUAUUUAUAAUUAAAUUAUAGCAUUAAAUAAUGUUUCGAAUUAUUGAUGGAUCAUCCAUUUGUAAUAAUUGUCAUGACAGGCGUUUUAUGUGAAAUAUCCGUAAAUUAUUUGGCUUUUAAAGUUCUAAUAUCACAUUCCAAUGUAAGUAUGCAAUGCAUAUUCGGCCAGAGCUGAAUACCAAAUAAUAAAUGAGGAUUAAUUUUUAAUAGACAAAUAAAUGAUUUUACAUUAUAAUGUAUCAUUUGGGUAACCUUGAGAACCUUUGUAAAAAGCUUGACAUUAACGGAAAGUGUAAUUUGUAUAUUACGAGAAAUAGGCUAGAAUAUUUUGUGAACAAUACAUUUUAAAGGAAGCUAAUUACGUCACAUAACUGCAAAUACCAAUUAACACGUAUAUAAUUGAGACAGUCGUCUAAAUAAUUGGCGUGUUGGUGGUGUUAUCGAUACUGACGUCUAAUUGAAAUUGUACGAGGAAUUAUGCAUAAGAAAAUUGCAAAAUUGUCGUUUGCCCUUAAUUUGU